AUGGAGCGUUUGCCACAAGAUUUAGUCUCCAAAAUCCUCAUAAAAUUACCAGCAAUAGAGUUAUCAAAAUGCAAAUGCAUUUGCAAAUCAUGGUUAGAUCUCAUAACUAAUCCUCAAUUUAUUACUAAUUAUUAUACUGUCUACAACAAUCAACAAGAACAUCUCUUAGUCAUUCGUAGACCUUUUCUAUGUGGUCUCAAAACAUAUAUUUCUCAUGUUUCAUGGAACUUUAAUGAUUCAAAAAAACAUGUUUUGUCUGAGAUUUUGUGUCCACCUUAUGAAUUCAGUUCUGACCAUAAAUAUUGGACUGAGAUAAUGGGUCCUUGUAAUGGUGUAUACUUUCUAGAAGGUAAUCCAAAUGUGUUGAUGAAUCCUUCUUUGAGAGAGUUCAUGGUUUUGCCUCAAUCCCAUUUUGCAGCUCCUGAUGGAUUUUAUUCUUUCACUGAGUAUUAUGGUUUUGGGUUUGAUCAUAAAAGUGAUGAUUAUAAAGUUGUGGUGUUGAAGGAUCUUUGGUUGAAGGAAACAGAUGAGAGAAAAAAUGGGUAUUGGAAUGUUGAGUUGUAUAGUUUAAAUAUGAAUUCUUGGAGGAAGAUUGAUGCUGAAGAUUUGCCUCUUCCUUUUGAUAUUUGGGGUUCUUCUAGAGUUUUCACUUUUGUGAAAAGCUGUUGUCAUUGGUGGGGUUUUGUUGAUGGUGACAUAGGAGAUGUUGUUUUAGCAUUCAACAUGGUUGAUGAAAUGUUUAGGAAGAUAAAAGUGCCCAAAAUAGAGUAUUCUUGUUUUUCAGGAGACUGUUUUAAAACUCUAGCACCUUUUGAUGAAUAUGAUACUAUUGGUGUUGUUGUCUAUCCUGUAAGAGGAAUAGAGAAAUGUUUUGAUGUUUGGAUGAUGAAGGAUUAUUGGGAUGAAGGGUCUUGGAUUAAGGUGUAUAGUGUUGGACCUGUGCCUGUGAUUUAUAAGCUUGUUGGGUUUUAUGGAAGUAAUAGGUUUUUAUGGAAAGAUAGCAAUGAGAGGUUGGUGUUGUAUGAAUCUGAGAAGGGGAAUGUAAGGUGUCUUGAGGUUUAUGGGAAGUAUGAUUCUAUAAGAGGUGUUAGAUACAUGGAAAGUCUUGUUUCACUUCAAAGAGGAAGAGAAAGUGGUCGUCAAUGUUUUUCAUGUAGUUUGGUUCCAGAUCCUCUACUGAAUUUGGGGGAGUAG